GUCCAAGCCACUCGAACACAGUGUACUACCAACGAAGAACGAUGCUUGGACGACCGCUGCUCGUGGCACUGCUGCCUCUGCUCGGUCACUGCGCCGCCAACAUGUCGGUCGUGCCCGAAAAUGACUCGACCAACGUCAUCUUGAUCUGCUCGCUGAGCAUCGGCACGAUCGUACUCGCUGUCGUCGGCCUCGCCAUCGUGCUCCUCGUGUGGAAGCCCCGCGCCGCGUCGACAUCGUCGCUCUCCUGCGCCGACAUUGACGCGUUCGCGGGCGUCAGCGACGGCCCAACCAUCGUUGACCAAGUGCAACUGCUAGAGGACAUGGCGUCUGGGCUCGUCGACGCCAACGGCCACGACGAACCGGCGUUCUACCUCUUGGACGACAUGAUUGAGAGCUCGCGCGGCGCGUACAAGCUCCGGCCGAGCGCCAUCUCGGACGACGUUGCCGUCCUCGCGUCCCAGCGCGACCUCCCGACCGCGUCGUAGCCACCUUGCCUUGCAUAUAUUUAACACCCGGCAACCCGCUAUUGCAUCAACAUCAAUAAUGUCC